AUGGAGGCCCUGUUGUAGAACUUUGCGUGUGAGUCCGACUGCGGGCCCGAAAUAGUUGGCUCGCGAUCGGAAGUUUCGCCUGCCAGCACUUCCGCUUCGGUGGCCGAUUUCGCACGCCCACAAAUGCCCCCUUUGAAGCUCAGGAACUGUAUCACGCCACGAUCCUCCGCUGGAUCGUGGAAUAG